AUGCAACCUCACGACGCCUCGACUACACGAAGCCGCCAGGCCAGCCACGGCGGUGAUGCGAAGAUGCAGGCCGGACGUGAGGAGUUGCUGAGAGAGGUGGAAUGGUUGAGGGAAAGAGUGGAAAACUUGAAUCGGGAGCUGGUACUGGCUAGGAAGGAUUGCGGCCGGCUCGCGACGCAGCUCAAGCAAGAAGAAGGGCUGGGGCGAGAACACCGACGAAAGGCUGACGACGCGGUCAGAGAAGCGAAGGCGCUGAGGCAAGAGCUGGACCGUAUCAAACAAGACCGCGCCGCGAAAGGUUCGGCAUCCAGAACAGCCCUGUCCGACGCGCACCUUCGCAGCGUUAGGAUGGCUGAACGCCGACGCCGACAGCAGGCUGAAAGCCUGAUGCAGGCGUACAAGGGGCUGUACGAGGACCAGCUGCACACCCAGCACGCCUCCGCGGAGAGCUACCGCUCUCUCACCCGGGGCUACAGCCGCCUCUCCGCGGACAACAAGGCCCUCCGGCGAGAGACGGCCGCCGUUGCCGCCGUCGCGGCCGCCGCUAGCGACGCCGCCGGAACCGCCGCCGCCCUCAUCGCCUCGUCUGCAGACAUGCAGCAGCACAAAACCGGUGCGAAGUCCUCACUACUGUUCCACGGGGGGGAAGAGAUCUCCCGCGACGAGAGAUCGGCGAGGAAGGAAAGCCGGGAGGAGACCCGGAGGGGCGUAGGGCGGCAGGGGGCAACGGCGCCGCCACCUGAACGGAGCCGCGCUGCUAACAGCUCCACCUGUACUACUACUGCUCUACCGGUGCUGGAGAAGGGCCGCGAAAGCAGCGUUGUCGAGACCGCGUCGUACGGCAGCGCCGCGGCGGAGUCGGCGGCGGCGGUUGCGACGGCGGCGGUUGCGGUCGCCACGGCUGCGGAUGCCCUCGCCGAAGCGGCUACUACAGUAGCGCCACCGCCUGCAAAGGAUACCGCGGAUAUAGAGGAGGGUACCGCAGGAGCAUCACGGACAACGCCGUCGCACGGCCGGAGAGAAGCUGCACCCGCCGGGCACCGACAGAAAGAGCGCGCGAGAAGCAAUUUGGGUAGGAGCGGCCACGUCGUUUUGGAGAGGUGCGACAGUCGGGAACGAAUGGAAGCGGCGGAUAGGGCGAGCGCGACCAACACCGACCGCCCCUCCACGACGGAAACGCUAGCCUGCUCUCCAUUUUCGGACAGCGCGGAAGGCCCCUGUUCCACCGCCACCACUGCGAUAGACUCGACGGCGAGAGCGGGGAAGAAAGAAGGCGGCGCUGCUGCCGACUCCGGGUGGGCGCCGCCCGCCGAUUUCUCGGUUUCUGGGAUAGAGGCAGCGUCGAAGAGCGGCGCUACCGCACCAGGCAGCGAAAUGAACCGUGGGUUUAACCGCGGAAGCGCGAAGGGUUACGCCUUUCCGCAGGAGACUAGAGAGGAAGAGAGCUUCUCAGCUGCUCCAUCCUCCGCGAGAGAGCAGGACACCGCCGCCGCCGCCGCCGCCGCUGCCCGAGAAAGCAGGGGCAGUCACGGACUCCGAUCUGACAAGCGGGGAGGAGCAAUCAACGAGGAAGGGCCGCCAAGAGCUGACGACAAGAAAGAAGAAUCUGCUCGCCCCGCGCAGGGGAGGAUGGUCGCGGUCCCUCCGGUAGACCCCGCCCCGCGUUGGCGGGGGCGGUCUGUCGCUCCCGGGAGGUUGCUAGCGAGCUCGGCGUCUUGGGUCGAGGCUAUAGAGGUAGACGCGCCGAAACGCAGCACUUCUCCGACGACGCCCAGGCGCGGGAGGUGGGGGGGGUGCGUUGCAUGGGGGGGUGCUACUGGCAAGGGCGCGGCUGAGGAGGAUGGUUGCACUCGCAUCGAACCUUCUUCCCGUGCCCGACCGCACAGCAUUUAG